UUCGUCAGUCCGAAAUUUUGACGCGUUCAACCCGCUUGUAAGCGCGCCGCGAACCAAAACGACCAUUUAUAACUGUAUUUAUUGAUUAUACGAGUGUUAUUAUUAUUAUUGUUUUGAAAUCAGGUAGUUGCGUAUUCCUAAACUGUAUUGAAUGGUAGUUUCAACUCGUCACGUUGGAUAGAAACCGUUUAGAAUCGCGUGGGCGGUCGUCAGUUAGAAGCGGUCCUGUUUUUCUCUUUUUGUUUCGCGCGAAUACGCUUGGGGCGCUUCCUUGAAUGCCUAAUAAGGAGCUUUUAAAUAAUAAUUUCUAUAAAAGGGACUUGGAAUUUGGUGGUUAUUUAUUAAAAAGUUUCGCUGGCUGACGGCUGCAAACUCAACGUAUUAAAUCAGCUUUCAAAAUAAUCGUACCUAACCUUCAUGUGUGCUAUUUCAUAACGACCUCUUUCCAGCUCCAGCGAUUGGGCAAAACCAAAGACAAUAAAAACAAAAAUAUUUAUUAAACUAGAGUGACUAUAACGUCGUAAAUUCGUGGACAUUUAACAGUGCUCAGUAAAAAUGAUGACGAUAAGCGAAAGUCAGUAUUCUUCGAACAAGAUGUCCAGUUUCCACAAGAUCAACGACCGGAUCGUGCACCAGAACAACUUCGACGAUGUGCACUCAUCAUCGAGCCACAACAACGCUCUCAUCACCAACCGCGGGUUCAAGCCAUCCGACAUGUAUGAUCCUCAGAAGAAGGAGUUCUUGACCAAUCUCAGUUAUAAGUUAUUCCCUAAUGACGGUGAAUUGUCCCGCGAUACAGCUGCGUUGGUUGCGAUCCUACCGAAAGAAGACCUCGAGAACAAGCCCAUCAUAGUCGGCAACAAGGAGGUGGACCUCAACAAGAUCUUCACUCCGGCACCUGAUGCUGAGGAGCACCUCAUCAAGAAAGACAGCAAGUUUGAAACCACCUUCGCCUCAUCAGCAUUCUACGUGCCCGGCGUGCACCCCACGGUGAAGGAGCAGAUGGACCUGGCCAGGGCCAUCUCCAAGUCCCUCAGUGACUCCAGCAACCACAUGAGUCGCGGCCAGAGCAUGUAUGUCAACCGCAAGAAGCGGUCCGUGAAGUGGGUUCACGAGGGAAGAGGUCGCAACACCUCGAACACAUGCUCGACCCCAACCCCCGUGCCCAACCACGACACCCUGUACCGUCCGCCAUCGAGCCUCCGCAACCAGAAGACUUACCCGAAAUCUGCGCUCAAGAAUUCCUUGCCAAAAAUGGAGCCUUUCCCCGUUUCCCCGCCGACGAUCACUGUCCAGAACAUGGAGGUCCCAGUACCCAUUGCUCCGACGAAGUUAAACGAUGUCUACGCGGCUCCCAUCAGCCCCCGUCUGCCGCUAGUGUGUGGUCCGAACUUCAACGUAGCGCCACGCGGCUGGGGCCAAAUGAAUGACUACUACCGACCUGUAUCGCUAGAUGGCGUUGGAAAAGUUUCUUUACCUUACUCUGAUUUCUAAGCUGUUGUGAUUGAGUUUGAACUCGAUUCGCGAGCAGUUAAGGUUAAAAAUAAUGAAUGUUAUUUAUAGAUCGAUGUUUGUAACUUAUAAAAAUAUUUUUUUAUUGUUGUAUAAAAUAAGAAAAUUUUGAGUUGGGCCAUUAUACUAUGGGGGUCGAGUGCGAGAAAUGCUUGAAAAUAGAAUUCAAUCGAUAAAGUAAAUAAGCAAUCGAAAAUGGUAAUUUUAGUCUACAAAGCAUUUGUAUUUGUUUAAAAGUUAACUUUUUACAUACUUACCUACACCGUUAUCCUUUCGGAGCAGGCUAGGUAUUCCCUUCUCAUUACAACAGAGUUUUUUUUACAGGCAUAUGUGAGGCCUGUGAGUAAACUCAUAGGGCCUCCCUAGCAUGUUUCGAAAGGAUUAGACCUCUUGGUAGGUAGGUACAUUUAUAAAUGUAGGUGUAGAUAUAAAUUAGUAGGUGGACGUAUAGUGCAUCUACUCAUUACCUAUAUGGUUGGUGCACCUUACGUCCACACAGAGUUUUUUUUUCGAUAUACGAUUAUUUGUCGAUAAAAGUAAGAAUUAAGCGUGUAUCGGUUUUCUAGGUGUUUUUGUUUCACUUAUAAUAUAAUUCGUAAGUAGGUUUAACUUAGUUAUUUAUUUGCACUUUGCCAAACUUUUUACACAUUUAGUCAUUAACUAGUCAAUUAGUAAGUUAUCUAGGCACUCAGUUAUCAUAUUAGAUGCCUAGAGGUAAUAAUGAAGAAUCACUACGUCUGGGAAGGAACAAAUUAUAGUUACUAUAGUUAUGAUAUCUGUCCUUUUAAUUUAUUAUUAAAAAAAUAUUAUUGAUUAUAUGUGUUUAAGUAAUUAUUACUCGUACCUAUCUAUAGAAGGAUAGAAAGGUAAUUUAUUUAUGAAACGAAGUUAAUAUUAUUUUAUUUGUUAGUGAAAACACUGGUAUUUCUUGUACAAUGUCGUUUUAUUUUUAAAUAUUUUAUUAAAGUAUUUAUUUAUGGAAGUUCAAAAAACUAGACAACUAGUUCAGGAAAUAUACUAAGUAAGUACUAGAAUUUACUGGAUAAUUUUAAAUUAAUAAAAUACUUACAGGUA